AUGUCAACCGAUGCCAUGUACGACUAUCUGAUUGCCCCUCAGGGCUGUGCGCCGCAAAGACGAUACGCGAAUAACAAAACGGUUGGUGGUGUCUGGUCCAAAGAGAAUCUCUAUCCUGGCCUGAAGACGAACAAUGUCCGUGGCGGUAUCGACUUUUCGGAUUUUCCCAUGCACGAUGGCUUUGGCGUGCCUGAGGGUCAGCAUGUCUCCGGUGAAGCAAUGCACGAGUACAUCAGAGCGUAUGCUGAAACUUUCGACCUCUUGCGUUUAAUCGACUUCAACUCGACCGUCGCCGAAAUCUCCAAGCUCAAAGACGUCCAAGGCUGGAAUGUCAAACUUGACUCAGGGGCCGAUCUGCAGACGCACAAGUUGAUCGUCGCGACAGGUGUCACAAAUGUGCCACACAGACCAGAACUGAGCGGCUCGGAGGAUUUUGGCGGUCCAAUCAUGCAUUCGGCAGAACUGGGAAUGAAGGGCAGCGUUCUCACCAAUGACCCUAGUAUCGAAACGAUUGCAGUGCUGGGAGGUGGCAAGUCUGCCUACGAUGCCGUCCAUCUCGCCGGUAAGGCUGGUAAGAAGGUGGAAUGGAUUAUCAGAAAGUCGGGCAAGGGUCCUGAAUGGAUCUUCCCCGCCCGUACCAUGGGACCACUACAAGCAGUGCGAGAAAAACUCCCGGCCAGGAGAUUCGUAUCCUUCUUCAGUCCGUGCUUGUGGAAUGACGGGUUCGGCUGGAUCAGAAAUUUCCUCCAUUUCACCAAGCUCGGCAAGAUUAUCUCGCAGGGCUUUUGGGCCAAUCUCCACAAGGCGACCCUGGACGAUUGCGGCAUGUUGAAAGAUGAGAGAACCAAGGUCUUGGAGCCAGAGCAGAGCCCCUUCUGGUACGGCACUGCGUCCGGAAUUUAUAGUUACGAGAAGGACAUCUACGAGAUGAUCAAGACUGGUGAGGUACGAGUCCACCGCGAAGACAUCCUCCGCCUGUCCAAAGGUGCCAUCAACUUCGCCAGUGGCUCCAACAUCCAAGCCGACGCUCUAGUUACCGCGACAGGCUUCUCUGCAAAUUCUACUAUCAAGUUCGUCCCCGACACCAUACAUGCCGACCUCGGUAUUCCGUCCACCAGCUACAGCCAGGAGCAGUAUAAUUUCUGGCAGGACCUGAACGACAAGGCCAACAUGAUCAUCGGCUCCAAAUUCCCGCGCCUACUGGCUGGGCCGUUCAAAUCACCCACGUCGACCGUCAUCCAACCUUUUAACCCCGGCAUGGAUCGCGAGGUCAACUACACGCCCUUCCGACUCUACCGCGCCAUCGCACCGCCCGGGCCAACUCGGGACGGUGACAACUCGCUCGCGUUCAUCAGCAUGUUCUCCAACCUGGCCAACACGCCGCGGUGCGAGCUACAAUGUCUCUGGGCGUACGCGUACCUCAACCACAAACUCGACAUCGACCCGGCCUCUGUAUUCGACGAGGCAGCCUUGACGGCACAGUACGCCAAGCACCGCGCACCCUACGGCCACGGCCGAUUCUUCCCGGACCUGGUCUUCGACCAAGUGCCGUAUCUGGACCUGCUCCUCCAGGACCUCAACCUGAAGUACUGGCGGAAAGGGAAUUUCUUUGCCGAGCUGUUCAGCCCCUACAUGGCUAAGGACUACAGGGGAGUUGUGCAGGAAUGGCUUCGGAAGGAUUCGGCAUCGAAAAAGGGGGGAUCCAAGACGAAAGUCGAGGCGGUCGGUGAUCGCGAAAGAGAGCCGCUUCUGGGUGGCAAAGCGGCUUGA